AUGCUGGAUUUUGAUGAGCUCGAGGAGAUCGAGACCCAGCUGCGAGCCAGCUUCCCUGAUGUCAAGACAGAUCAGGUCACCGAUGUGAAAGUACCACCUGGGCAAGAGCUGCGGAUUUUUCUCAUCUCAGAUCUGCAUGUGGACUAUAAGCAAAACAAGGAAUGGAUGUACAGAUGUCUACAGAGCCUCUCCCACGAAAGUUCUGAUGGGCGCCGCUUCUUCGACUGCCUCCUCCUCCCCGGAGACCUUUGCACCUCAGAAGAUCUCUUCGAAGAAGUCAUGAAGACCUUGAAAGCCAGGUUCCACAAGGUUUUCUUCUGCUUUGGAAACCAUGAAGCUUGGAUUCGAGGAGAGAAGAAAGGGAACACUCCGGCGAAGGAUUCCUUUGAGAAAUUGGAGCGGAUCCAUGAGAUUUGCAAGGACUUGGGUGUCUACACUUCUCCGGUGAGGCUCCUUCACGGAUCUUCGAACCCGGGAUCGCGUCCCUCUUCAAACGGUGUGUCGUCCAUCAUCUUGUUGCCUCUCUUGUCUUGGUACCAUUCCAGCUGGGACACCGAACGUGAUCUGCCUACGGACCUCCAACCGCCGAUGGACCCCGGGCAGCGCAUCAGCGACUUCCGCCAGUGUCGUUGGAGCUCCUUAGAAGGAGAGAAGGGCUUCGCUUUUGGCCAAGGUGGUGUGACAUCAACUCACAUUGCUGAAUACUUUGCACAGCGCAAUGAAGUCUGGAUCAAAGAGGUCCUGGAGCUUCAAUCCCGCGAGGGCGGUGAGAUCUUGAGUUCCUCCACCGGCCGUGUCAGGAGCUGA